UUCCAAGUGUGACAUCUUCUCUGGGACGGAGGGAGUACUAUAAUUUGAAAACGCAAUAGUCAUAUUUAUUCGUGUAUAUAUAUGUAGUUGAAAUCUGAUGCUGAUGCACCUCCACACAUUUGCAGGCAUGGCCAAAGUACCAACAUUCUCUCUCAACAUCAUCAUCCUCCUUUUCAUAGCCAUUUCCCUCCCAACAAACUCCCAAGAAUUCCCUACAAAGGGAGAGAUGCAGCAGAGGUCAGAGCAGCAAACUGAUCACCUCCACUUCUACUUCCACACCAUCCUACGUGGCCCCAACACGUCGGCCGUGGUGGUGGCACAGGCCGCCACCACAAACACCUACCGAACCAGGUUCGGUGAGGUGGUGAUGUUCGACAAUCGGCUGACGGAGGGCCCGGACCCGAGCUCCAGGGUGGUGGGGCGAGCCCAGGGGAUGUACGCGUACACCGAUAUGAGCGUAACGGGGUUACUAAUGGUGUGCAAUUACUUGUUCACCGAGGGGAAGUUCAACGGCAGCACGCUGGCCGUGAUGGGGAGGUAUCCACCUCGGGCGGAUGAGAUUGAGAUGUCGAUCGUCGGCGGCACCGGCCAGUUCCGGUCCGUGGGGGGGUUAGUCCGGGUUGCGGAAUUGGUGAAUGAUUGGGAAAGGGGGGUUGAUGUGGAUGAGCAUGAUGUCUAUAUCACCUACCGUUGAUCCUCACUUCCACUAUAUAUCUACUAUAUGUUUGUGCUUAUUGUUGUUCCGUACUUCCACUAUAUAAUCUAUAUGUUGAAUAGUAUAUAUAAUGAAUAAUCACGUACUUGUAUGUUGUACGAGAGAUUAUCGUGGAGUACUUGUUUGUUGUACUUAUAUAUGGAAAUAUAUCUGUUGUACUUA